AUCACCAAACCAGCUGUAGGUAGAGAUAAGUAUUGCUGACUGGGUGUAGCGCGUGAACUGUCGCGCAUUUAGGAGCAGCCGCGCGCUGAAGAGCAGCUGCAGCUGUUUCGCUGGCACGCGCCACUGUCCUCUUGUUAAAAGUCUAGAGAAACUGGCUGUUGUUCAGUGAACUGUUCCACACAGCUGGGCUCAGAUAGCCGCUAAGGGAGCAGGAAGGACUGGUAAACUGCUCCUCCAUUCCCUGGAAACACCAGUUAGCAGUUAGUGAUCUCCAGGCUUCAGGAGGUUAACCUGAUACUGGAUGCAGUGUCCGAUUCCCAGUGGCCUCCUGGUUCCUCCGACCGUCCCCUGAGAUGGGUGAAGUAAGUCCGCUGGAGAGGGACCACUCCUUGCGUGUUGUGCUCCCAGCGGGGAUCGAGAAAAACAUUACAGUGCAUGGAAGUAAACCGGUGAUGGACUUAUUGGUGACGCUCUGUGCAAAUCACCACCUGAAUCCUUCCGAUUACACCAUUGAGUUCCUGUCGCCUAACAAGAACAUCAUCAGCUACAAGCCGAACUGUCCUAUCGGUUCGUUGGGAGCUGAGAAGAUUUUAUUGAAGCUUAAAGGCUCUGAAGAUAAAAUUAAGAAGCCAUACAUGCCUGAGGCAACGGUGCGUUUACUGAUCAACUACAAUAAGUCCCAUAAGACGGUGGUGCGGGUGAAUCCCAGACUGCCGCUGGAGGCGCUGCUGCCAGCAGUGUGUGACAAGUGUGAGUUUAACAUAAAGACAACCGUCCUGCUGAGGGACCCUCAGUCCAAGGAGCCGCUGGACCUGACCAAGACCUUGAAUGACCACAGAUUGAGGGAGGUGUUCGCCAAAGAUACAGGGGCUCAGAACGCUUCGACCGAAGGAGGUAUGUCAGCUGGAACUCCAGAGAUCAUCUCACCACCUCCAACACAAGACUUGCAAAGGAAGGAGAACAAGCAGAAGAAAAGGGGCUUCUUCAGCUUCUUCAGAAGACGCAAAAAGAUAAAUGAAACGAAUGGGACGCUGAGUGCUCCUACUUCUCCCAGCCGGGGCAAACAAGUCCGAGUCCGUGGGAAUUCAGAAAGCCUUUCAUCCAAUAACACCCUGCCUGCAGAUACGGCCAAAAAAAGGCCGGCGCCGCCGCCGCCGCCUAUAGUCGCAUCGCAGAGUGUCCCUAACAACCUCAGCACCUGCUACGUCAAGAGAACACAGUCGUCUGCAGAAUCUACUUUAAGGAGCACCAAGAGGAGGGCUCCUCCUCCUCCCUGUGGAGCCACCAACGACGCCCAAAGUGAUGCUGGAGAGUCCCUGAAAACCGUGGAGGAGCUGAGAGAGACGGAAAAUUCCCAGCCGCACUCAUCCAUGGCCUCUUCAAGCCCAUCGCUGGCUCGUCUCCAGGAAAUACCCGACUCCUAUCGGCCUUCGUUUCGAGGCAAAGACCUAUCAGACGCCCGCUCUGCUCUCGCUAAAGUCCUCACAUCUUCGGUUUCCAAAGGGACGCUGGUGAGGCGCCUGAGAAACUCUGCCGGUUUCCCAAAUUUCCAUGUCUCCUCGUGUAUGUCUGCGGCUUCAAAGUGUCCAGAUGACGGCGAUUUCUGCGCAGAGCGGGAAUCGGUUUUCAGAUCCAACCUCCCGACUGAGAACGAGUGGGAGGACCAAGUACAGAGGAGCGGACUGACCACCUUUAAAGUUGUUCCCCCAAAGAAACCAGCAUCCUGUGAUCCCGAAAUGAUGGAUCAGGAUCAGAAAUCAGUUCUUCCUGAGGGGAAGGAAGAUCCACAUUCCUCUAGCACAUUUGAGAGCAGAACAGGGAUUAACUGCUCAGAAACGUAUGCUAACGAAGUGGUUGACAGCUCAAUUUCUGGCUCACCUUUAGAGGAAACUCAGAACUGUUCUGACUCACCCUUGCUUGAUGACGGGGAGAAUCAUGAAGACCAGAACCAAGAGGAAGAACCAGAGGUCCCACUGGAUGGAGUCCUGCCUGCGCUACUGGACGGUUGUGAUAAGGAAGCGACCAACCAUGAUGGUGGUCAUUCAGAACAUCUGAGUGAGUUUGAUCCAAGUCCUGACAUGGUUCCGUUGAAUUCGAGUACUGAUGGAAAAUCUAAGGAGGAUUUUUCACGUGAGGAAGCAGGAGGGGAGGAAGCUGCCUUCCCCUCUCCUCCUCCACCGGUCGAGUUUAGUGACAACAUGGGAACUGGAGAAGAAGAAGCUUCAUUUCCAUCAUGUGGAACCGCCGCUCCCAGCAUGAAUGGGCAUAGGAAUGCAUCCGGCGAGGCUGACGACAGUGGCUCUUCCUCAGAUGCUACUGAGCCGCCUGCGGGCCAGACGAAGGUGGCCCCGUCUAGAUUUGCACAGGCGGUUGCCAUGGCCGUGCAGAGAUCCCGCCUACAGAGACUAGGCCUUGGAAUCGGCUUCGGACCCCAACUCUCCGGACGCCCAAACGUUUCUGUUCCAUCGCCUCCAAGGUCUUCAUAUCAGUAUGGUGCCUGAUCUGCGCCUGCAUGUCGUCCUAAGAGGUUGAACCUUCAGGACCCCCUAAGGACACCAGCCUGUUUGACCUGACCUAGCUCCUUUAGCUUUGACAGCUUAGUUUUCCUUCAUUUGUGUUUUUUAUUUUCUGGUUUUUACUUUUUAUAUGUUUGAACGGAAAAACUGCUGUGGAGCUCGCCAAAUGUACAGAUAUGAGUGACUGAGCUUGGAGUAUAUUUUUAGUUUACUUCAUAAAUUAUUUUAAGAGUGCCAAAAUGCAUACUAAGCUGAUAUGACAUCUUUUCUUUCUGUUUUUUUUUUUUUUUUUUUUGUAUAUAACCCCAAUGGAUAAUUUCUACGUCUUAUAUGAAUUAUUGUAGAGUAGUUUGGUUUUCAGCCAGCAGGUGGCAGAAGAGUUUUUGUUUUGAAAAAUAAAACCCUGGCUGCUUUUAUUUGGAAAAAACAUUUUCAAAUUAUCGUUCCAGCUGGAUGUAUUUUUUUUGUUUAAAGGUGACGCAUUCGUUGCAUAAAAAAAAAAAAAAUUCUAAAUGAAAUUCUAGAUUUGGGCGAGGCAUUCAAUAUUUUUUUUGUUUUGGGACAUGCCUAGAAUAAUAAAAAAUCUUUCUUCAUUAUUGCUUUUGAUAAU